AUACUUCACUCUCAAUCGAAAAACAAAUUGAACAAUUGCUUGAACAUCUUAAGAACAGUGCUUCCAAAGCAAACGGUGCAAUGGACAUGUUGCCGAAAGGACAAUCUGAAUUAAAUGAAAAGGAUGCUGAACUUUCACCGACGGAGACACAUUUAUCACCACUUGAGCCAACACAAUAUAUUCAGCGACAGCAUCAACAGAUUAAUCAGCAUAUGAUUGAUUCGCAGAUUUCAGUGAGCAGUGGGGCAUCCGCUCAGACGGCAUUCUUUCAGUCCCUCACUAAUUCACCCUCACAUUACUCUGGGGGAGAACAAUUGCAACACACCAGCGAUUCGAUUUUAUCAGUUAACUCUCUAGAAAUUGAAGGUGCUAUAAAUGCUAUAAGCUUGCAAAGGCCAAUGGAGCUAAUGAAUGCUAAAAUAUCUGCCGCGUUCAGCAUAGCCGAUGUGGCUGAGAUUUUGCAAUCGCAACAUGUCAUCAUCACCGGUGGACGCUCUCCUGACGGAUGCCCGUUAAUCACCUUUCCGGAUAACAAUAAUUUUAAUUUUUUAGAGGAUGCCGACUAUAAAAAAAUUAUUCAUUAUCUAACAUCAGUACCAUCAUUACAGGAUGCCGACCUUGGUUUUCAGCUUAUUGUGGAUCGACGAAAAGACAGGUGGACUUCCAUAAAAACUGUUUUACAGAAAAUAUCGGCCUACUUUCCGGGGAUUCUUAAUGCUGUAUAUGUUCUUCGUCCAUCUGGAUUGUUUCAAAAGGCUUUAUCAGAAGUAAGCAGCAAGUUUUCAAAAGAGGACUAUAAAUUUCGUCUUGUGAUUUGCUCUACUCUUUCUGACUUACACGAAUUAGUCGACAUCAAUCAAUUAACCCCAGAUAUGGGUGGUAAUUUAAUCUAUUCCCAUCAUGAAUGGAUACAACAAAGAAUGUCGUUAGAAAAGUUCUCAGGCUUAACGCACAAGGUCUCUGGAGAAUUAGAUUCAUUUUUACAAGCCAUACACGAUACAGAACUUCCAAAUUCUGUGGAAACGACGAGACAGCUGUUAGACAAUCAAUCCAUCGACUAUGAUCGGUUAAAGAUAGAAAUACUUGCGGCAGCUGAACACGGAGAAACACUUCUUAAUAAUAUUAAAUCAAUUCAAGAAUUUAAGGAAUUCUCUGAGCGUACCGGCAAUAUUAGCGCAAUUGAAAGACUUCUUGUUCAACUAGAGGAAACAGAAAGACGUUUCGACGAUUUUUGGCAGGCACACUGGGAAUCUCUACAACAAUGUUUGCAUCUUCGGAUAUUCGAGCAAGAUUUCCAUGAAAUACAGAACAUAUUUGAUGGACAUAUGCAGUCAAUAUCUGAGAUGACAGAAAUUGGAGAGAGCGCCGAACGUGCCUCGGAACUUUUGAAAUUAGCAAAUGAUCAUUAUAAAGUUUUUCAAGAUGACACGCGACGGGCACAUAAAGUAUUAUUGCUUGGACAAACUCUAAUUAAAUCACAAAAAAUAUAUCCGUGGAUAGUUGUUCAACCAAAGUGCGACGAAAUAAAUCGUGUUUGUGCAUUAAUCGAAUUGCAUCUUUGUAAAAGGUUAGAUACCUUAGCUAAGAACCAUGAACUAAUGGAAAGAGUAGAUAGCGCUAACCAGUGGUGUGCCAAUGGCGUAGAGCUUUUAGCAUCCCAAAAUAUGGAAAAAAGCUCAGCCUCUGCAGACCUGGCCAAGCUACUGGAUUUCAUUGCUUCUGCAUCUGAUUUUAAAUUAUCAAGUCCAAAGGAAUUCAAACAAAUUUUUUUAGAAAGCACAACUCCAGAAACUAAGGCUUUAGUAUCACAGGUACUACAACGAAUUGACGAUGUAUCUUUAAUGUGCGAUAAGCGUAUAGCCAGUCUCAAAAAGUUAACAUUGAAACCACCGCGGCCUGUACAGCAGGUUACCCCGGAACCGGCUGUACCUCUGCAACCCCUCGGAGGCGCUCCUCAUUUUAUGCUUAAGCCAAUUAAGACUAACUGUGCGCAUAAUCUUAGGCUUAUGAAUAAAGAAGGAGUUUCUCUAUUGACAGCCUCGACAGAUAACGCCGACCAAAGUCAUAAUCAAGAGGAUCUUGAGUCAUUGCGUCUUAAACGGGGUCAUGUGCUAACAGAGCUUUUGGAGACGGAGCGAAUCUACGUAAAUGAAAUGAGUUCUAUCUUACUGGGUUACUGCGAUCGAAUUAAAUCCGAGGAGCUCGCCCAUCUCACGCCUCCGAGUCUACAGGGAAAAGAAGAUAUUUUGUUUGGUAAUCUACAUGAGCUUUUCACUUUCCACAAUCAAAUUUUUCUCAAAGAUCUCGAAAACUGCAUUUCAACAACUGAGCUCGUCGCACUUUGUUUUGUUCAAAGGCGUGAUACAUUUUAUCACCUAUACUCGUUCUAUUGUCAAAACAUCCCUCGCUCUGAGCGAUUACGCGAAACGCUUGUAGAUACACACUUUUUUUUCCAAGAUUGUCAAAAACGUCUUGGUCAUAAAUUACCGCUAGCUGCGUAUUUACUCAAACCAGUUCAAAGGAUCACAAAAUACCAGUUACUUUUGAAGGACUUGCUUCGCUUCAGCGAUAGUGGGAACUGCACCAAGGAGCUUCAAAAGGCGCUUGACUGUAUGUUAAUUGUUUUAAAGUGUGUCAACGACUCAAUGCACCAAGUUGCAAUAACAGGAUUUCCGGCCGAUAUAGCGGAGCAGGGUGAGCUUUUGAUGCAGGACUCAUUUCAAGUUUGGUCAGAAUCGAAAAAGGAUAUACGUCUUCGCAUAAAACCUCAACAGCGACACAUAUUUCUCUAUCAGAAAUCUAUGCUAUUUUGUAAGCUAACUUCAAAACCAGGUCACAACAAAAGCACCUACCAAUUUAAACAUCAUGUUAAGAUGUCACUUAUUGGGCUUACAGAGACUGUGCGAAGUGAUACCAAACGCUUUGAAAUAUGGACCCAGGGGCGUCAGGAAGUACAUAUCCUACAAGCACCGACACAAAACGUAAAAAAACAAUGGGUUGCGGAAAUCAAACGUGUUUUACUCAACCAGCUAGAGGAGCUUAAAGGCGAAAAGAUAAAGCAAUACAGCUUAAAUCACCAGGGUCUUAGGCAGACCACUUCUUGGGACACCACAAAUACUAUUCUUGAUACCCCAAACCGUGCUCUAAGAUCUGAUGCAUCUUCAGAGACUAACAAAAGAAAUUCAAACUCCAGUAGUAUUGAUUUUGAACCUACUACCUCUAGUAAUAGCGUGAAUGACCUAUCAAACAAGGAUCAACUGGAAAAUUGUGGCUGGAGUUCUGACUGCUCAAAUAGUGAAGAUGAACUUUCUCUUACCGAAGAAAAUAACAGCCCUGGCAGUAAAUUUAUAGCCCUUGCGGAUUAUACAGCUAUGGGACAUUCAGAAGUCUCGUUGCGUGAAGGGGAUACUAUUGAACUGCUAAAAGUGGGGUGUGCCGGAUGGUGGUAUGUUCGAGUCCUAGAUUCCUGUGCAGAAGGUUGGGCUCCAGGUGCUUAUACACAAUCUAUCAACCGCAAAUCUUCACAGUAAUUUAAUUCUUAUAAGCCAAAUUUAAUUUUAAAAUAAUUAGAUGUGUUAAUUACUUAGGUCAUUUUAAGUCGCCAGAUUAAAUUGUAUAAAUUAAUAUAUAUUAAUAAAUGUAAUAUAACUAAA